AUGAGCUCCCCGGACGCGCGGAGCCGCCGCGGGCCGCUGUCGGGGGGCGCCUCCCCCAGCGCCGAGGACGGCUUCUUCCCCUUCGUGCUGGAGCAGCGGGACUCGUUCCUGGAAGGGGGCGGCCGGGGCCCCGAGGAGCCGGAGGACCUGGCGCUGCAGCUGCAGCAGAAGGAGAAAGACCUGCUGCUGGCCGCCGAGCUGGGCAAGAUGCUGCUGGAGCGCAACGAGGAGCUGCGGCGGCAGCUGGAGGCGCUGAGCGCCCAGCACGCGGAGCGCGAGGAGCGGCUGCAGCAGGAGAACCACGAGCUCCGCCGGGGCCUGGCCGCGCGCGGCGCCGAGUGGGAGGCCCGGGCCGUGGAGCUGGAGGGGGACGUGGAGGCGCUGAGGGCCCAGCUGGGGGAGCAGCGGUCGGAGCAGCAGGACAGCGGGCGCGAGCGCGCAAGGGCCCUGGGCGAGCUCAGCGAGCAGAACCUCCGGCUCAGCCAGCAGCUGGCGCAGGCCUCGCAGACGGAGCAGGAGCUUCAGAGAGAACUCGAUGCCCUCCGAGGGCAGUGCCAGGGGCAGGCCCUGGCUGGGGCGGAGCUGAGGACGCGGCUGGAGAGCCUGCAGGCAGAGAACCAGAUGCUGCAAAGCCGCCGGCAGGACCUGGAGGCCCAGAUCCGAGGCCUGCGCGACGAGGCGGACAGGGACCAGGGCCGGCUGCAGGCCAGCCACGAGGAGCUGCUGCUGCUGAGGCGGGAGAGGAAGGAGAGCAGCCUGGAGCUGGACCGCGCGCGCGCCGAGGCCCGCAGAGGCGCUGGGGCGCUCCGCAGGCUGCAGCGGCGCGUGUCGGAGCUGGAGGAGGAGGCCCGUCUCCAGGACGCCGACGUGUCGGGCGCCUCGCUGCAGUCGGAGCUCGCCCACAGCCUCCACGGCCCCCAGGCCCCGGACGCCGAGGCUUCCGGAGACGGCCAGGCCACCCCGGCCCUGGAUACUCAGGCGGGGUCCAGCCCCCAGACUGCACCCCAGGAAGAGAGCUUGGAACCCCCCAAGAAGCGAGCGCCCUUGAGCCCCGGGGAAAUACUGGAGCAGAAGGAGGCGGAGGUGGCCAGGCUGCAGGAUGAGGUCGCACUGCGGGGCGCAGAGCUGCAGACCCUGCGGGAGGAGCUGCGGCGGCAGAAGGAGCUGCGCGCGCAGGGCGACCUCGGGGAGGCUCUCCGCGGCGCGCUGUCCGACCGGGACGAGGCGGUGAACAAGGCCCUGGAGCUGUCCCUGGAGCUGAGCCGCGUCUCGCUGGAGCGGGACUCGCUGUCCCGGGAGCUGAUGCGCGCCAUCCGCCAGAAGGUGGCGCUGACGCAGGAGCUUGAGGCUUGGCAGGACGACAUGCAGGUGGUGAUCGGUCAGCAGCUGCGCUCCCAGCGCCAGAAGGAGCUGAGCGCCGCGGCCCCACGCCGAGCCACGACCCGCUUCUCGCUGCGCCUGGGCCAGGGGCAGGCCGGUGGCUUCCUUAGUAACCUCUUCCGAAGGACCUGAGGGCUGGACCGCCGUGAUUGCCAGUCCUGGGCUCACGCUAACGGCCGAUGGAGCUACAAGGCGCAGAUGAUUGCCAGGCGGUGCCCUCCCCUCCCCAGGAGGCGGACAGGGGCUCUUUGGGAAGAGGGGCCAGCUUUAGGGCUGAGGCCCAGGUGGGUGGCGGAAGCAGGUGGGGGCAGAGCUAUUUCUCCAAUCUCUAUAGGUCUAUCUUUUGUAAGUACUAAGCCCCUGCUCUGGCCUGCUCUGGGAGUAGGUGUGGGAGUGGGUAUUUAUGUAUAGAUUAAGGUUGGACAGAGUAAU